AUGGUCGACUUCAACAUUCAACUGCAAGAGAAGUUUGUCAACAAGUUGACCAAGAAUCAUGCAGCCAACAAUCCAUCCCAUCCGCCGGCAUUGGACCACAGCAGACCAUCGCAGUACACGGCCCCCGGCCAAAUAAGCAUUCUCGACACGCCUCUGACGGAAGAAGACGAGAACAACAAUGUCGAGGGCAGUCGCAAGGUUACUACGGUGACUACAACGAUCGCGACCAAUGGCGUGAUGAUCAACAGUGGUGGAGGGGGAUGGAAAGUUCCAAAUCCAGACUCUGGAUGCCAGAUAGGUGAUAUCUUUCUAGCAUCCCAGCACAUCCGAGAUGUGUGGAUGGGGCAGCAAUGGGUCGGCAUGUACAUGUUUCAAUGUCCCGGGCUGGAGAUGGUAGAUGGCUUCGUUGCUGUGGCGAACGAGUGGUCUAUGAUGUCUUCUGUGUUCAAUGAGGCUAUAAGUCUGGACCAGAUUCCAACAGUUGAUGUGGCACGGAUUGCGAUCCUCACAGAAAGGUACCAGAGUGAGAUGCACGACCUGCUGGUCGAAGUGGAGCAAUCCGCUCUUCAAGCCGGCAGCACCCGCCCGCUGCUUCUCCUUGAUGUGAUUGCAAUGCAGCAGGUCCGCAUUCAAGUGAUACCGAGAGAUGCUGCUUUGAUCCACUAUGGCUACGAGGUGGCCAUGAUGUGGGAGAGGCUCAACGGCACCGCUCGGUCCUUGGGCAUGACACUGAAGCGUGUUUCCAACGUCUGCCUGGUUCGUGCAAUGCGGUUAGUGGAGGAUGAGUAUUCGGCCAUGGAGAUCGCGGCCUACCAAGUUGCAAGCGGUGAUACUGGAGCCUUCCGGACAGCGGAAAUGUACGCGACAGCCGCGAACGACCACAUGGUCGAGGCUGCAUUUGGCUUGGAGAGGUAUUACGACAACUUGAACGUCACUUGUGAUGAUGUGGACUUGCCUGCCGAAGAUUGGCAGCUCCUCAUGGAGGAGGUCUAUGGCUUAUGUUCCCUCACGCAGAGGGCUGUUGGCGAGUUCGUUUUGCAAGACCAGGGUGAGAUCCUGCCUGAUGUGUUAGAGCGUACUGUGGAAGAUGUCGAGACCUCUUUCGAGAGCCUCAUGCUUGGAAGAUCCGUCCCCCACCUCCCGGCGCAGCCAAAUCAGGAGGUGUUUUCAGACGUGCGGGAUCUGGACUCCUUGGUCCAGGACUUCCUGGAGGCCAUAACAAGCCAGACUAUGUCGGGGCUAUCCGGCCUGGCAGCUUCUGUCUGCAAUGCAGCAGGUGAGCUUGGAGAAAAGUACCUUCAAGGAGGGUUAGUCUCUUCGGGUUCGAAUUGGCCCGGCCGACGGGCGCAGGCACUUUUCCAGCAGAUUGAGCGUUCCAACAUGGCUUUCAGCUCCAUGGUCCAGAACGAAGCCACUGCCAUGUGGGAGGCCAUCAACGGUUUCGAGACCACACAUUCCAACCUUCUCAAUGGAGGUGACGGCUUGCCGGCUAUACUGCCAGAGCGGCAGGACAUGAAGUUACAGUGGGAAGCCAUCGACAGCGCAUGGCAGGCCUACAAGCCGGCUGUGACUUCUGGCCAGGGCACUGGACAGAUCACAAUGACCUUGGACGCCGUGCAGGCGGAACUCCGUGCAGCGGUGCCGAUCUUCAGCAUUCCCGAUGUGGUGAUCGCAGAGACAUCGCCAUG